CAACAAAACAAACGACUCGACGGGUCCAUUCCGAAAGGGGCUUUUUCCACCACCACCACCACCACAAACCACCACCGCGAAGGUGCCGAACCAGUCAGUAACGUUUGUCGAAAAGAAAGUUGGCACUUCGUCGAACAUAUUCGAAUCAUUAAUAGAAAGAGGAAAGAAGAGCAGUGAGUGAGUGACUUUUAGAGAGAGAGAGAGAGAGGGAUGGUGUGGAUGGCAACUCAGCAGCUUGCAAUCAGAGGGAAGAGACGGCGGAUAUGGGGAGGAGCGUUUCUGUGUUGGGUUUUGUUAAUUCUGGUCACUCCCAAGAUUCCUCACUCCCCCAAACACCAUCUGUACGCCGACAUGCGCAAUCUUCUGGGAGUGCCUAAUACCUUGAACGUGAUCACAAAUUUCCCCUUUUUGGUUGUUGGCGCUCUGGGUUUUGUGCUCUGCGUGCAAGGGGGGUUUUUCAACAUCAGUUUGCCAGGCGAGGUUUGGGGUUGGGCGCUAUUCUAUGCUGGAACAGCAGGGGUUGCAUUUGGGUCUGCUUAUUAUCAUUUGAAGCCUGCCGAUAGUAGAGUAGCGUGGGACACCUUGCCGAUGAUGAUUGCAUACUCCUCCCUUUUCUCUAGUUUUAUAGUGGAGAGACUGGGAGGACGGAUCGGUUUAAGCUGUCUGUUUGCACUUCUUUUCAUUGCUUUUCUUAGCAUUGCAUAUGACAGAACGUGUAAUGAUAUCAGGUUGUACAUGAUGUUCCAGUUGAUUCCGUGUAUAGCAAUUCCAACAAUGUCAUCUGUGUUCCCACCAAAAUAUACUCACUCAAGAUAUUGGCUUUGGGCCGCAGGGGUUUACCUUCUCUCCAAAUUUGAAUCUGUUGCUGACAAAAAAAUCUACCGUGCAAAUCAUUUCAUUAUCAGCGGACACUCGUUGGAGCAUUUGUGUUUAGUGAUGGUCCCUGUUCUGCUCAGUAUUAUGCUCAUGAAUAGAAAGAUUAAAUGUCAAAGAAUAGACGCCUUUAAAGAAUGCUUGUGAUAGAGGCAAAGCAGAGAUGAUGGCGUUUUCUGCGCAGCGGCUAUCAGAUGCUCGAAAACUUUCUGUAAAUGAGGAGUCAUUGGAGGUAAAAGACUGCUCCGUAGUACUCUCCAGUUUUAGUCAAACAUGUGUCUCUGCCAUUGAGCAAUUAGAUUAAUCAAUUUUGGGUUGAAUAAAUUAUUAUCCAAGUGCAAAACAAACAUGAAUUUAGUCAAGCAUGUCCCUUCCCCUCUAAUGAACUGCUCUCUCCCUGCGGCUGUGACGUGGUGACUGCCCAUUGGCCGCCACAGCGCAGGGGAAAGUGAAAGAGGUUCAAAGGCCAAAGUUUUGUAACUGUAGAUACUGUGAUUGUGUCAAACCCUAAAUUUGAGUAUGGAUAUAGUCUGUGCGAGGGCAGCCGACCUCACUUAUUGGAAUAAGACUUUGAUGUUGUAGUUGUAGUAAAGCUUCUGAGGGAAUAAUUGAAAUUACAUAUAUCACCU